GUAAACUAAACGGAGACAGUUGGUUUAUACAGCUCGUUGUAGUGGUGGACUUAAAAACUCCAAAUUAAGAAUGAAGUUUGAUAAGUUACCGACGGAGGUAGCUGACAACGGUCACGUGACAAGUAUCAGUGGAGACAUCCGGAGAGAAGUGGACCCUAAUACACAAUGUGGUAUUGGGUCCUUCCGUCCUGCGUUCUUACAGGUUUUUGCCCGAAUUGGUGCUUUCAUCGGUAUUUACAGUAUCUCAGGACUGCUUACGUCAACACUGUCAGUUUAUAUCAACUCUCAGGUAUCUAUGUUGGAGAAGCAGUUUGGCUUUAGCAGUGCAGAGACUGGUCUUCUCAUGAGCUGUAAUGACAUUGGCUUUCUUUCAUGUGUUAUAUUUGCUGGAUUCAUCGCUAGAAAGGUACAUAUUCCGAGAGGUUUGGGAAUCAGUACAAUUUUAUUUGGCGUAUGUGGAGUAAUGUGUGCACUACCGUACUUUAUGCAAGACCAUUCUGCGUAUGAAAUCGAGAAUAAACCAGCAGGCCUUGGCAUGUCAGACAAUAUGACCGUUGUCAGAACUAUGGGGCGGAAGGUUCCAAUGUGCGGAAACGAGACUUUGAACGGUGAAGAUGGAUGUAACGCGGCAGCAGGUAGCGCGCAGGCAACAGCAAAUAUCCAGCAACUUCAUAUCAAGAAGGUAGCAUUCAGCCUCAUUGCUUUUGGAAUGGUAUUCCAAGGUGUUGGAAAGUCUGUAAGAUACCCAUUUAUUACAUUGUACGUGGACGAUGCUGUAGAUAAACGAAAGACCGGAUUCUAUAUGGGUAUACUAACCGGAACUGGAAUCUUUGGUCCUGCACUUGCCUACCUUAUUGGUGGACUGUUCAGCAAAAUAUAUGUAACACUUGAACCGGUCGACAUCACACCAUCGGAUCCACGAUGGAUUGGUGCCUGGUGGUUGGGAUUUUUAGUGUUUGGCGCAUGCGCAAUAUUCUUUAGUAUACCAAUCAUGUGCUUUCCGCGGAAACUGAAAUCUAAAAGUAGAAUGAAAGACCUGGAACUGACAGAGAAAAAAGUCAAGUCAACUGAAAAGAAAACAGUGACGCAGACAUUGAAGCAUGAGUUAAGAGAUUUCGGGCAGACCAUUGAACGUUUAUUGCGUAAUCCUGUUUACGUAACUCUAGUUUUAUCAUCGGUUAUCAAUCUAGUGGGCGUGGCAGGGGUGUUAUCGUUUAUGCCGAAGUAUCUAGCUGCCCAGUACACAGUACCGUUGUGGCAGGCAAAUAUCAUCCUUGCUUUUAGUUAUAUUGCUGCUGUGGCGUUGGGUUCUUUUCUUGGUGGCGUAAUGUCUCGUAGAAUUGAAAUGACUCCCCAGAAAACAGUAAAGUUGCUGCUCAUAUUCUACGCCAUUAAUUUCAUUUGCGUGUGUAGUGGAUUUGUACUCGGAUGUGAUCAACCAGCGUUAGUAGGAGACAAUGGGAAAAGUGAGACGUCCUCAUUGUACAAAUCCGUGGAACAGUCCUGUAUACAAGGAUGUACCUGUGAUGACGAGAAAUAUUUUCCGGUGUGUGGUGAUGACGGACGUUCUUACUUUAGUCCCUGCCAUGCUGGUUGUACAGAGAAAAGCGCAAAGUCAUUCACGAACUGCACGUGCAUUCCUUCUGGCCACGCUGUGCCAGGGCUAUGUGAUCAAGGGUGCUCUGCUAAACUGUACCUGUACGCUGGUUUCACAUUCAUAGGAAAGCUUUUCGAUGCCUUCAAAAUUAUACCGACGUUUCUUGCAAAAAUAAGGUGUGUUGAAGAAAGAGAUCGAGCUGCAGCAUCGGCAUUUUCCGGAUUCUUAACUUCCGCACUAGGUUGGAUGCCUGGUCCAGUUAUCUUUGGUGCUGUAAUUGACGGAACGUGCACUUUAUGGAAGUACACGUGCGGAGAACGACAAUCAUGUUUUCUGUACGACAUCGUAUUUUUCCGUAACGCUAUUCAUGGUUACGCAACGGUAGCGACGGCAAUUGCGACGCUAAUUGUUGCUAUGUUGUACAUCUACUUCCGGCUCAAAGGAAUUACAGAAUGGCGGGAGGGAGAAAAGAUACACGAGUUGGACAAAACUGUGACCGUGGAAAACGGAAAGGAUGGACAUAUUUACAAACCAAUGGAGACCACUAAUGACUGAGGAGAAAAAAAGAGAGGGACACUUUUCAAACGUGUGGUUCUUUAUAUGGAUGCCACAUUAAUAUUUUAACCUUUAGCCUGCUAAAUUUCUAAAAUGGACUGGUCUAUCUUUCGAUUUUGGCAGUAACACUUAUCAUUCAAAGGGGUGUUCACGGAAAAUUUACCGAUUGAAUGGCUAAAUGUUAAUCAAGCAAAGAAUAAGCACAGGGUACUAAAUGUUGGGCAGUUCUGUUAGUGCUGAUUAUAGACUUAGUACAGUGUAAACAUUUAAUUGCACCGACCGAAAAUUGUGUGGUUUUGGCAAAAAUGCAUACUUCCGUGCGGACAUGGAAUCGUCGAUUUAUGAAUAUUAUUUCUAUGGAUUUUUAUGUCUGCAGGUAUUUACUAUUGUGGAUUGACGCAACUAUUAAUUCUACGAAAAUUAGUACCAAAGAAUUACAAUGAGUUCUCAGUAUAUGAAAAAUUUUAAUUCAACAUACACAGACCGUCAAAAGCAGGUAGUUCAGUAGUUAUUAGAUAUCAAAAUAUGUUGUUUAAUGUAAUUUGACAAUGCCGUAAGUUUGAAUAACGAUAUUUCUUGAUGCUACUCGAUUUCUUACAAAGAGUUGUGGAAUUUUUUUUAUAUAUAUCUUGGAUGCGUUUAUAUUCGGUCUUUAUAAGUAAUGUUUAUGAUUUUCACAUACCAUGUUAAAUCGGUCAAAGCAUAUAUUGAUAGAUUGCAUGUUCUUCGAACAUUUUCCAAAGAAAUAAACAUGAGGGCCAAGAUGGCCCUAGGUCGCUCACCUGAGAAGCACACUGUUACACACCAUAACAGUGUAAACAUGUUUGACCUAAUGAUUUCAUGGAAAAAAUAUUCUGACCAAUUAUCAUUAAAAUUAGAGCAAAAAAUCUUGAGUAUAAACAAGUAUUUUCUUUGAUCUGACCUAGUGACCUAGUUUUUGACCCCAGAUGACCCAUAUUCAAACUUAACCUAGAGUUCAUCAAGGCUAUCAUUCUGACCAAAUAUCAUGAAGAUCAAUUGAAAAAUACAGCCUCUAUCGCAUACAGAAAGUUUUUCUUUGAUUUGACCUAGUGACCUAGUUUUUGACCCCAGACUACCCAUAUUCGAACUUGACCUAGAUUUCAUCAAGGCAACCAUUCUGAACAAAUAUUAUGAAAUCCAGUGUAAAAUGCAGUCCCUAUUGCAUACACAAGUUUUUUCCAUUAUUUAACUUAGUGACCUAGUUUUUAAACCCAGCUUAUCCAUAUUCAAACUUGACCCAAAUUUCAUCAAGGCUAUCAUUCUGACAAAAUUUCAUGAAGAUCAGUUGAAAAAUACAGCCUCUAUCACAUACACAAGGUGUUUCUUUGAUUUGACCUGGUGACCUACUUUCUGAACCCAUAUGACCCAUAAUCGAACUCAAUGUAGAUUUUAUCAAGGCAAUCAUUUUGACUAAAUUUCUUGAAGAUCAGUUGAAAAAUACAGCCUCUAUAGCGUAUACAAGUUUUUUCUUUGAUUUGACCUGGUGACCUCCUUUUUUAUCCAAGAUGACCCAUAUUCAAACUUGACCUAGAUUUCAUCAAGGCUAUUAUUCAGACUUAAUUUCAUGAAGAUUUAUUGAAAAAUACAGCUUCUAUUGCAUACACAAAGUUUUUCUUUGAUUUGACCUAGUGACCUAAUUUUUGACCCCAGAUGACCUUUAUUCAAACUUGACUAAAAUUUUAUCAAUGCAAUCAUUCUGACCAAAUUUCAUGAAGAUCAAUUGAAAAAUACAGCAUCUAUCGCAUACACAAGGUUUUUCUUUGAUUUGACCUAGUGACUUAGUUUUUAACCUCAGAUGACCCAUUUUCGAACUCGACUUAGAUUUUAUCAAGGUUAUCAUUCUGACUAAAAUUCAUGAAGAUUAAUUGAAAAAUACAGCCUCUAUCGCAUACACAAUGUUUUUCUUUCAUUUGACCUAGUGACCUAGAUUUUGACCCCAGAUGACCCAUUUUCAAACUCGACCUAGAUUUUAUCAAGAUUAUUAUUCUGACCAAAAUUCAUGAAGAUUAAUUGAAAAAUGCAGUCUCUAUCGCAUACACAAGGUUUUUCUUUGAUUUGACCUAGUGACCUAGUUUUUGAGCCCAGAUGACCCAUUUUCAAACUCGGCCUAGAUUUAAUCAAGGUUAUCAUUCUGACCAAAUAUCAUGAAGAUCAGUUGAAAAAUUCAGCCUCUAUCGCAUACACAAGCCAAAUGUUGACAGACGACAGACGACAGACAGACAGACAGACAGACGACAGACGCAGGACAUCGAGCGAUCAGGAAAACUCACCUGAGCAUUGCUCAGGUGAGCUAAAAAUCGAAAAUUUGACCGUCAGUAUACUAACAAGUAAAGCUACUCGCCCACAAUUUGGAUGAAAAUUUCCAACAUGUUCUUUUCCACCAGAAUGUGUAUAUGACACUGAAAAAUGAUAAAGUGGGUAAAAAUAAAAGUAAAAUAUUGGUAAAAUGCAAGAAGAAUGUAAAGUUUCUACAUUAUUUCAAAAGCGUUGCAACGGUAUACUACUUUCUACAUAAAUAUUGGUUAUUUAUAAGAAUAUCUUGCAAAAAAGCAUUUGUCAUUAAGAUUUUACCACUAGUCACUAUGAGAGUACUCAAUUUUUAUGUAUUUUGAUAGGAAUUGUUUUCACCUAAAAUGUUUGGGUUAGUCUCUUUAAUAUUCUUGUACUGUAAUCGUUGUCAUAUUUGUAUACUUGGAAUGUAAGACAAGUGAAAUGAGAAUAAUUAU